AUGCCACUUUUCAAGAGCAAGAAGAAGACGCAGGCCGCUGAACAGGAUGCGCGCAAUGCACACGAGCACCACGAGAACCGCAACACAGCAGGGUCAACCGCAGGUGCCAAUCCAAAUGUGAAUGACUAUGCCAACCAGCCAGGUCCGCCGGGUCAGGUUCACACGAUCAACCGUCGGGGCGGCGGUCCAGCCCGCGCGGCGGACAAUGGCAAAGUAGGUUCACCAGCUUACGGGAACACCGCCUCGACAGACCCAAGCCUGACCACAGAGCGCCACCACGAUCGCGGUAAGACCAGAGUCCGCGCGGAGGGUGGCACGGAAGAGGCGGCGGGUCAGCUGGUCGGCAGCCGGGCUCUUCAGGCGCACGGCGCUCAAAAGGAGCAGGAGGCGAACGCGAUCAAGGUUCAAAGCACCGAGCUAGCUGAGGCAGAGCGUCUCGAACGCGAGGCGGUAUUGCGCAGAGAAACGGCAGUCGCGCACGGCGCGCACCCGGAUAACAAGCAUCUCGGCGCUGGAUUUUCUAACAGCACCGGUGCCUCAAACUAG